AUGAACAUGAAAAAGGUUGGACUAAGAGAUGCAUUGUCCAAACGAACUAAACGAGAACAACGAGAUUCUCUUGAAUUUGCUACUGCUAUGUACACAUACAAUAGAGGUGUUUUUGAUACUCAACUAAUCCAAAUGUUAAAUGGAUGUAAUGCUGAUAUGGACCCAUGUACUGAUUGUAAAUUAGAUGGAUAUGGUGGACAUACUACUGAUAUUAGAAUAGUUUGUAAGGCAGUUGAUUCAGUUCCAAAUAAAGAAGUAUAUGAUUACAAUUUGAGUAAAGAAGAUGUUGAGUAUUUCAUUAGCACUAUUCAAUCAACUUAUCCAUUUAAUAAUGUCGACUGGAAAACACUUAGGAAUGAUGUUGAUACUGCCUAUGAUUAUCUAAAAACUCAAAGAAAUAGUAAUUCAAUCUCUUUCAGAUAUGAUUGGAGAACAUUACUUGCAGUAAUAAGAAUGCAUCUUCCACCAAUCGAAUAUUUUGUUGGUGACCAAGUAAAAACAUUCCAAGAUUAUUGGGGAAGUGUAUUAAAUGAUGAUUUGGGACCAUACCAAUCUGUUUCUAAUUUCCCAUUUAAAUUCUGUUCUACAUCUGGAGGAAGAUCUAACUUAUGUUCUUCUAAGUCACAAAAACAAGUCCAUUAUUCAAAAUAA